AUGGCCAUAAAAAAAAAAAAGAAAGAAACAAAAUCCAAAGAUAAUAAUAAUGAUAAUCUUAGAAAUGAAAAAAAAUCAACAAACUUAGAAAAUGGGAAAUACGAUAAAAAGAAAGUAGAAAUAUACGAACAUGGAAUAGGUGGUAUCACACAAAAUAAGAAUGAUAAUAAUAAAGAGAAUGCUUAUGAUGAUGAUAUUUAUCAUGAUAAAUCAGAACACAUAAAUGUUAAAUAUUUAAAUGAAAAAGAUUAUGAGAUUGAAAAAGUGUCUAAACGAAUUUAUGAAGAAAAUAGUAAAAUAAAAAAAAUUUCUUUACAUCAUAAAAUAUUAAAAGAAGAACUUGAAACAAAACAAUUAAUUGAACAAAAUGACAAAAAGAAAAAAAAUUCAUUAGAUUAUUAUAAAAAAGUCAUAAUUAAAUUAAAAAAUAAUAUUAAUAAUAUGGAAGAAUAUACAAACAAUAUAACAAAUGAUAUUAAUGUACUAAAAGCACAUAUAGAUGACGAAAGAAACGAAAGAAUUAUAUAUAAUAAUAAUAUGAAAAUAUUAAUAAACGAAUAUAAUUCUUUAAAAAAAAAUAUACAAGAUUUAAACAUGCAAGAAAAAGAACAACAUAAAUUUAAUACAAAAUUAAAAGAAGAACUAAAGGAAUUGUAUAAAGAGAAAGAAAAUAUGGAGAAAAAACACAGAGAAGAUUUUAAAAAGUUACAACAAAAAAUUAAAGAACAAAAAAUAUUAUCUUACGAAAAUAAAAUAAAUGAUCUUACAAAAGAAAAAGAUAAAAAUAAAAUGGAAAAUGGGGAAGCAAAUAAAUAUGAAGACAAACAUAAUAAUAAUAAUAUACAUAAUAAUAAUAAUAUACAUAAUGAUAACAAUAUAUGUAAUGAUAACAAUAUAUGUAAUGAUAACACUAUACAUAAUGAUAACAAUAUAUGUAAUGAUAACAAUAUAUGUAAUGAUAACAAUAUAUGUAAUGAUAACAAUAUAUGUAAUGAUAACAAUAUACGUAAUAAUAAUAUUAUUAGUAGUAAUAAUAAAAUACACGAAAAAGACAACAUGAUCAAUAUAUUAAAUUAUUAUGAAGAUGAAAAGAAGAAACAACUACAAAACAAAAUUGUAAUGUUAAAAAAAUUGUGCCUUCGAAUAUUAUUCAUAAAUGAAUACCAAAUAUAUAAUAUUAAAAAACUUCAAGAAAAUAUAAAUAAUAUGAAUAAUGCUAUAAACUCUAUAAAUUUAAUAAGUUAUAAGAAAGGAGAUUUUGAUCAUAUUAUUAUUAAUUUAAAUGUUUCUAAAGAAAAAAAUUAUAGUCUUAUAUCUAGAAUAAAUUUAUUAAAUUAUGAAACCAAUGUUUUAAAACAAUUAAUUAAAAAAAUGAAAGAAAAAUUCAAACAUUUAAAUUUACAAAAUGAUGAAAUCAUUAAUCUUAAAUAUGAUAUCUCAAAUAAUAUGAAUGAAAAAAUGAAACAUAUUAAAACAUCUUUACUCACAAACCAAGAAACGUGCAAUCUUAAAAAAAAAUGUUUCGAUGAUUGUCUUCUAUAUUUAAAACAAUUAUAUACAUUUAUUAAAAACUACGAAAACAAUAAUGAUAAAUUAAAUAUCAAAAGCCAAAUCAUAAAUAAAGAUAAAAACUUACAUUUUAAUUAUAUACAUAAAUAUAAUGAAGAUAUAUUAGUAGAUGAAAAUUAUAUUAAUGACUUUUUAAUAUAUAUAGAAAAAUAUAUCUAUUCCCUUAAUUUCUACUUACCAACACAAAACUUUAAUUAUAAAAAGUAUUUAUUACAUAAUGGAAGUAUACAUAAUAUAACCUUGGAUACUCACGCAUCCUCAAAAGAAUACCUCCAGAAGGAGGAUAGUUCUGAAUUUAAUCAACAUGGUCAUAAUUUAUUACGAGAUUCUUUAAAUUUAAAUGAACAACAGGAAAACAAGGACCACCUUCAACAUGAAGAGCAUACCCAUGAGGAGGAACCAAAAGAUGCAAACGGUGAUAUGGUAAAUAUAGAAGAUGCAAACGGUGAUAUGGUAAAUAUAGAAGAUGCAAACGGUGAUAUGGUAAAUAUAAAAGAUGCAAACGGUGAUAUGGUAAAUAUAAAAGAUACAAGAGGUGACAUAGAAAAUAUAGAAGAUAAAAGUGGUGACAUGGAAAAUAUGAAGGAACCAAAUGGUGAUAUGGAAAAUAUGAAGGAACCAAAUGAUGACAUUCAAAUUUUGAAGGAACCAAAUGAUGAUAUCCAAAUUUUGAAGGAACCAAAUGAUGACAUUCAAAUUUUGAAGGAACCAAAUGAUGACAUUCAAAUUUUGAAGGAACCAAAUGAUGAUAUCCAAAUUUUGAAGGAACCAAAUGAUGAUAUCCAAAUUUUGAAGGAACCAAAUGAUGAUAUCCAAAUUUUGAAGGAUCCAAAUGAUGAUAUCCAAAUUUUGAAGGAACCAAAUGAUGAUAUAUCCACUAUAAACAACCUGACCACCCAUCUUUCUAACGAAAACAAUUUAAUGACUGAUCUUCCUAAAGUAGAUCAUAAGAUAAAAGAUGAAAUCCAAAGUGAACAUAUAUUGGAGAGUACAAAUAUAAGUGAUGAUAAUAUAAAUAAAGAAAAUUCAUUAGAAAUCCCUUUAAAUUAUGAUCAUACACAAGAAAAUAUUUUAAAGAAUAAAAAUAAUAUGGAAGAUCAAAAUAAUUUACUUGAACAAAAUAUUAUGACAGAUCAAUUACAAAACCAUAAAGAAUGUGAAGAAUUUAAACCACAUGAUAACAAAGAAAAAAAUAAUAUAAUAAAUGAUGAUACAAAAAAUUUAAUAAGUGAUGAUACAAAAAAUAUAAUAAGUGAUGAUACAAAAAAUAUAAUAAGUAAUGAUACAAAAAAAAUAUUAAGUGAUGAUACAAAAAAUAUAAUAAGUGAUGAUACAAAAAAUAUAAUAAAUGAUGAUACAAAAAAUAUAAGUAAUGAUGAUAUAAAAAAUAUAAGUAAUGAUGAUAUAAAAAAUAUAGGUAAUGAUAACAAUAAACCUUAUAACGAGGAUCAUAAUAUUGUUACCAUUAACGAUGAAAAAGCAAAUUAUAUAUUAAACCAUUUUAAUUCUCGUAAUAUCGAAUAUGAUAAAUUAAAAGAAGAAAUACCUAAUGAACUUUUAAAUAUUAAAUAUGACUCUUCCAAAAAAAGUACAAUCAGUACAAAUUAA